GCGUUUCGAGUUCUCUUGUUGUAUAAUUCAUUUCUGUAUAUGCUGUAAAAGUUCAUUGAAUACCGCAACACAGUGCACUGUUAAAUGCAUUGUGCUGGAUCUGCUCCAACUGUGUACAUAAUGUGAUAUGUGAUCUACACAGCUGAGCCGCACCUCACCCCUCCCUAAUCCUGGAGGUCUGGAUCCUGUGCACCUCUUGCACAGUCCCCCUCCUCCUGUAUGAGGCCCAACCCUGAACCUUAUGGGCACUAAAUCCUCCCCUUAGUUAUCUGAGGAAUCCCAGGCUGGGAAUGUAAGGUGGGAGGUGUCCUGUCAGUAUCUAAGUGAGGAAGCUGUGUGUGGAGGUGUGUGCUGGUGUCUGCUCCAGGGAAGUACUGUAUACAGGUGGCUACAGUAGUGUUCUGGAGGCUUCCAGGAGAUCCACAAUGGCAGUCCUCGCCUCCCCCAGCAUCGAGCAUGGGUACAUCAAGACCGUCCUGAGCAGAGAAAAUUUCAUGGACCUGGAUAGUUCUACCCUGGCAAUACCAUCUGAGGAGAAGCUAACCAUCAGCCGCCAAGACCCGGAGAAAGCCAGGAGGAUCCAACACCAGGUGCAGCUCACCAUGGCGAGGAAGACUACUAAAAAAAGUCUGGCUAACGGAACAAUUCACAAAUCCGUGAGCAUUCCAGAUCAGGCGCUUUACAACUCAACUCUACACAGGGAAACCAUGAGAUCACCUUAUAAAUAUGACAGCAUGAAGAACUAUACAUCAUCUGUACAUGAGAAUGGUUGGGGUAGUGGUCACGCCCAGUAUGGCCAGAGAGCACAUGAAAAUGGAUGGGCCAAGACUUAUUCGUCUUACAGUCAAUGGGGUGCUGAGCAGGAUGGUGGCCAGAGACGACCUCUUGUGAGAAGGGAUAUCUCUCCAGAAAAACAAGAGGUUUUAAUAGCUGCCUAUGACCAGCGAAGAAACGCCACGGCAGCCAGCCUACGUUAUCCGGAGUCCAGGGCGGUCAAUAUGUCCACCACACGAUACUCUCGCUCAGAGUUUGGUCAGGGAACUAGACCUCGGCAAAGCACUGUCAAAAAAUCCACCCAGUCUGACCAAGAUUCAGUGUUCAUAAAUAGUGUUCCCACCAGUCCGUCCAGACCCUACUACCAUCACCGGAAUAGCCAAAGUAUGGAUAACCUCCUAGACAAGAGGCACUACCAGGCCCAAACGGCUGGGGCUGCUGCUCAAGCAAGGUCCCAAAUGACGUCCAACAGAUUUGAUACAAAUCAGUCCAGCACGAGGUAUGCAACCUACCGAAAGGAGUAUAUCCAGUCACCUGCAGCACUCAGCGGCAUUGACCUAGGUGGAAGGAGGGCUACAAUGACAGCUGCAAUGGCUGCAGCGGCAAGCAGUGGAAAUGUUAUACAGCAUGAUGGUGUACAGCUAGACGCUGUGGGCGUUGGCUCCGGGGCGUCAGAGGUGCAGAUGACUCUGGAGAGAGCUGUAAACUUGCUGGGGAAUGACAAUACCACUGCUUACUGGCUGACAGCGGCAGCGAGUUACAUACAGCAUGAAUGCUUCCAGAAAGCAGAGUCCAGGAAAAAGGUAUACAGUCUGCAUGCAAUCCCCAAGCUGAUUCAGCUCCUGAGCAACAACAAUGAGGAGGUUCAGCGUGCCGCCUGCGCCGCGCUCCGGAAUCUGGUGUACGAAGACAAUGACAACAAGCUAGAAGUGUGCGAACAACGCGCCAUGCCUACUCUUCUGAGCCUGCUGAAGGAAAGCCGGGAUCUGGAGAUAAAGAAGCAGAUCACAGGAUUAAUGUGGAACUUGUCUUCCAAUGAUCAGCUAAAGAUUAUGCUAAUCCGAGAUGCUCUGCAGACCUUGACCAACAAUAUCAUUAUCCCGUGUUCCGGCUGGAAGGAUGGAGAGUAUUCAAAAAAUGAGCUCAUGACUGACCCUGAUAUCUUCUACAAUGCCUCUGGCUGCCUCAGGAACAUGAGCUCUGCAGGGCCGGAGGGCAGGAAGGCUUUGCGGGAAUGUGAUGGACUUAUUGAUUCCCUGGUACAUUAUAUCAGUAGGACUGUAGCUGAUCACAAGCCUGAUGACAGGGCUACAGAGAACUGUGUGUGUAUAUUACAUAACCUGUCGUACCAGCUAGAGUCAGAGGUGCCCAGCAGGUACAGCCACAACUUCCAGUCACAGAACCGGAACCUGACCCGCAACGAUACAAACGCCGGCUGCUUCGGCUCACGUAGCAGGAAGCUCAAGGAGGACUGGAGAGACGUCCCUAUUGCGGAGGAGAGCAGUAACCCCCGAGGGGUGGAGUGUUUGUGGAGUUCCAAACUGGUUCGACUCUACCUGUCGCUCAUCGCAAAAAGCAGCCGGAAUUACACCCAGGAGGCGUCACUGGGCUCCCUCCAGAACCUUACAGCUGGGAACGGGCCGAUUCCAUUCUCUGUGGCUCAGACAAUUGUCCGGAAGGAAAAUGGCCUUCAACACAUCCGAAACAUGUUGUUUGGCAGUGACCCUGGGGUGAAGAGAACCGCUGUCUCCCUCCUGAGGAACCUCUCCCGCAAUCCAUCCCUACAAAAUGAGAUUGCCAAGGAACUAAUGGGCGACUUGGUGAGAGCGCUGCCAGACUGUGUACCAGACUCCAACCUUGCGAUCGAGACUUCUGCAUCAAUUUGCUACAUACUCAACAACCUUAUCUGCAAUAGCUCUAACAAUGCCAAGAUACUGCUUCAAAAUGGGGGCAUCAGGAAACUAGUUGAUAUCAGCAACAGUGACAGCACUAUGACCACGAAGACUGGAAAAGCAGCUUCCCUUGUGCUCUACAACUUGUGGUCUCACCAGGAUCUUCACAGUAGUUACAAGAAGGCAAUGUAUAAGAAGACAGAUUUUGUCAACCCCAAGACUGCAAAGGCUCACCAUUCCCUGUAAGAAUACACUUUCUCCUGGAGGAUCCUGAUGCUUAUACAGGAGUCUUUUUUUGUACCCCCCAUUAAUGGACUAAAAAAAAGACACCGGACUGCAUUACCCACAAUCCUGCUUACUGCCUUAACUAUGCAUUUAAUGAACUUCUUGGGUUGUUGCAUUGGAGAGUUGGCUCAAUUGACUUAUUGGACUGGGAAGCUCAGGACUUUAUUGGGAUUUCCUAUUUUACCCCAUUUAUUUUUGGAAUUUUAAGACAACCAAAGGAUUUUAUUAGUAACCAAAUAUAACAACGUUAAGGAUCUAACACUGAUUUCAGCAUUUGCUGCAGCCAAAGACCAGUCAUUGGUUGGUUACAUGUAUACUGAUGACUGGGCCCUAAUGUUUUUAACCCCUUUUUAACACCCACCACCUUCCAUGCCCCAUCCACUAUCUACUCAACUUUGAUUCCACAUCUACAAAAAUCAACAUUGUUGUACACUAGUCAACUCCUUACCAUGAUGUCCUAUUAAUAUACAAGAAAAUUCCUUAUCUAGGAUUCUAAUAAUCUGGCAAGGCAUGAUAAGCUUGGUUUUUAGACAACUGACAGGAAGAACCAAGUAGGGAACUGUUACUUCUGAAAAGUUAUCCAGCCAAAUGGAGCUUUUCUAUGGCUGAAUUGACUUUUAUAGUUUAUACGACCAUGACAGUCCAGUGAUUUAUGGAUAUUGUAGGUGACCAAGAUGGAACUCCAAAUGGUGUCUUUUCAAAAUGUUCCAAACUGAAUUCUAGGUAUUAAGUGUAAGAGAGACUUGCCAUGAGGAUGUUUAUCCAUAGAAAAUGGAUUGUGGAACCGGAUUGAGAACCUUUUUAUGAUGCUGGUAUCAUCUGGGUUGUGUAUCAUCUCUGGAUUUUAAGGAUUUGUUGUCCAGAAAACAGAAUGUGAGAAGAAAGUAUUAAGAGAAGGACAUUUUCCGUAGAAGGUUAACUCAGCACUUAACACUGGCUUGCCCACACAGACUUUUGUAACCCAAGUAUGAAUGGUGUUCACUUGUUUUAUACUAAGGCUUUGACGUUUUUGCAAAUUCACUUACUUUGUGCAUAUGUACCAUAGGGUAGGACCUGGAGUUGCAACAGGACCAAUGGGGGGAGCAAGGGUCUUUAACUCGGGUUGGAUGGUGUGAACCAAUUCAGCUCUGUUGUCAACAGAACAGGACAUUGGAUACUAGACUGAGGGUCACAACACCCUGUUCUUUUACAUGGUACAGGAAUCAGAGGUGAGGGCAUGACCCAUCAAAGGAGAAUUGGCUCAAUCUUGCUUUGAUUCUUCAUCUUAGUCAUGUAGCUAUAUGUAAUACUGAGGUUAGUCACUAUCUGGCCCCAGAAGACAAGACAAGGCUCAAUAAAUUUUAGAGGACUUGUGUUCACUUAAUUUCUAACUAGUAAAUAAUAGAAGGAUACAGUAGAAAAAAAAGGAGUAGCAAAUCGUCAAAAAGAUCACCCUUCCAAUAUUUGUCUGUUAAAUCAAGAGGCUUGUAGGAAAGAGGAGCAUGAUGGCCUAUUGGGAGUGAGCUAGAUCCACCCUGAGAUGAGAUAUCACAUUUUUAUGGGGCUAUUUGCAGCUGCCCCUAUAUUACAUAUCUUGUUGAUGCCAAUGGAAUGAUGGUCACCACUGUGUUAUUGAUCACAAAUUGGGGUUGGAGCAGUGUGUAGUCCCGUCUGCCAUUGCUACCACAGUCUUGGAUGACCUUACCGCCACCCAUAGUAGUCCAUAUGUUGUCAAUCUUAAACGUUUUGCCCUUCUAGUGCAGUUUUCUCAGCACGUUUGCAUCAUUGUUUUGUUAUCACCUUCCACUUGUGCCUGCAGUUUUGGAGGACCUCGCCCCACAUAAGAGUCAUAGCUGACGCCAGGCGAGCUUCAUGCAUUGCAGAGCCUACAUAAUAUUAUGCUGCUUGUAUUUUGCUUCUGCUCUCAUGCUCAUCAUCUAUAUAUCAUUGCUUUUUUGGGAUCACUUUCCAUUUACUGCCUUUGUCUUGGACGCCUUGCCACAUCUUGUAGGAGCCACAUCUGGUGGCAGACGAGCUUCGUACAUUGUAGAUCUCUGAUGUUUUACACUUCUUGUGCAGUUUUCUCAGCAUUAGUUUAUGAAUACUUUAUUGUGAUCACCUUUCAUUGCUGCCUUCAUGUUUGGACAACCUGCUCACCCCUCAUAGAUCCCACAGUUUGCACCAGGAGAGCUAUGUAUGUCAUAGAUUUAAAAUGUUUUACACUUUUUUGUGAUUUCUAGCAGUUUUUCUCAGCAUCAUUGUAUCACUGCUUUAUUGGCAUCACCUGCUCCAUCCAGACCUUUUACCAAUAUAUAAAGAAGUGUAAAAACCAAAGCUGA